AUGGAAAGCAUAUCCAGUGGGGUCAACUUUCUCAGGCGUCGGUUUAGUUCUCAAGAUAUUGAAGACGACGACAAAUCGACGCCUGCUUCAGUUUUUGGUGGACGUAGUCCACAACAACAGCAACAAGCACAACAGUCCUCCAACACUUCAUCACAUAUCCAGAAUGGACCUCCUAAUAGUUUUUCACUGGCUGGUCUUGCUAAUAAAGUCUCCAGUGCUAUAAGCGCCCCAACGUCACCAUCCAAACAAUCAAUAUCUAUGUAUUCACAAGUUCAAGGCAUAACCAAAAAUCUGAUGCAAGCAGCCACCAAUGCUGCAUCGUAUAUUCAGGGACCACAUAAGUGUAUACUUGUUAUUGAUGACCGACGUAUCGACUGGGGCAAAUAUUUCCGCAACAAUCGUACUGGUUGGCAAUUACGGAUUGAACAGGCUCCGUUCUCAGAAAUACAUGUCUGCUGUCAUUCUAAUCACAAAUGCACAGUGGAUAUUUUGGAACUCGGAAAAGAAUACAAGAGGAUGCAUCCAGACUUCGUUUUGUUUCGGCAAAAUGUAAACAGUGAGAAGGGUGAUUACACCAAUAUCGUUUUAGCGUUGUUGAAAGGAGGUGUGCAAACUCUGAAUAAUCCUGAAAGCGUACGGAUAUUCUUGAAUAAAAAUUGGACGUUUAAUCGACUUCAAUGGAUUUGUGAAACAGCUGGACCGAAUGUCAUACCUCUGAUUGAGCAAACCUAUUAUCCAUCAUUUGAUCAUUUUAGUGUGCAACCUCGAUUUCCGAUUGUGAUACGCGUUGGACAUGGAAGUCACGGACUUGGAAAGAUGAAAAUCGACGACGAAAACCAUAUGCUAGAAGUGGAAAAUAUGCUAAGAUCAAUAAAACCUGUGGAGGUUUUUACCGAACCAUUCAUCGAAACAAAAUAUGAUAUACAUUUACAGAAAAUUGGUGCAGAAACAAGGGCUUAUAUUCGUAAGGGUAUAUCAAAUGACUGGAAAAGUAACGCUGGUUCCGCAAUGUUGGAAAAAAUCUCUCUCUCAAACAGGCAGAAACAAUGGUUGACUACUAUAUCAGAGGCGUUCGGUGGGCUGGAGGUGUUCGGGGUUGAUAUUUUAGUAGCAAAAGACGGAAGAGAGAUAAUUCAUGAUGUAAAUGAUGUCAUAACGUUACUUGGCGAUAGCCAAGAAGAUGAUCGUAGGGCCAUUGCUGACCUCGUUCAGGCGCAUAUCAUGCAGUCCACUCAACGUGUUACGCAACAAAUAGCAGCUGCAACACGUGGUGUUAACACACCUCCGGUUCCACCACCACGUCCUCAAUCAACGAACGUUUCACGAUCCAGUACUUUGGAAACAAAUAUGCCAGGUGAAGCUACAAUGAAUAGUGAUGACAAGUUAAGCAGAAAAACUUCUAUUGGCCAGAAAACACCACAACCGCCAAGACCAGUAAGGCAGUCAAGUAAGCAAGGGAAAGAACCACCAGGUUCAGGAGGUAGUUUGCAGCAACAGCAGCAUCAGGAUGAUACAAUGGGUCAGCUAAAACGUACAUUUGCCGGUAUUUUCGGUGAAGUUCAGUGAUAUUUUUCAUCUGUCUGUAGGCAUUUUUCGGUCAUUCAAAUUUUUAAUGAUCCAAGAGUCUUUUUUUCUUUUUAUUUUACAUAUUAUCUUUUGAUCCCCACUACUUAUCAUCACCAUACCAAUACCAGUGGUUGAUACCUGAAGGACG